AUGGCGAUCAAAGUAGGAAGCGACGGCUCGACAAUAUCUGAUGCAGAGAAACAGGCUCUGAAAGCAGCCCUCAGGGGUGACGUCCAUUUCAGAGCUGGGGUUUCAACAGAGGAUUACGAUCAGCUUCUGAGGCGGUGGAACGAGGCUUUCACGGAGCAAGCUAACAUUGUCGCCCUGGUUGAAUCUGAGCAGGACGUGUCGGAAUGCAUCAAAUUCGCGAAAGAGCACGACAUCGACAUCGCUGUUGCGGGAGGAAGACACUCUUAUCAUGGCUCAAGCUCUACCACCGGGAUGGUGAUUGGUGAGAUUAAACAGCCACAGAAUAGUACACGCUGUGCUGACGACUGUCAAGAUUUGCGCAAGCUGAACAAAGUGACCAUUGAUAAAGCCUCGAAGACUGUGACUGGUGGUGGUGGUUGCGUAGCAGGCGAUCUUGAGAAACCUGCCGAGGCGGAAGGCUUGUCGGUCGUAUUUGGCGCGAUCAAUGAGACAGGGAUCGGGGGUCUAACAACCGGCGGCGGAGCAGGGUGGCUGACUGGACGACAUGGCCUGACUAUCGACAAUCUACUCGCUGCACGCGUGGUCCUCGCUAAUGGCGAGCUGGUAAUUGCAUCUGAACAGGAGAAUGAGGACCUCUUCUGGGGCAUUCGUGGAGGCGGCAGCAAUUUCGGGAUCUGCACAGAAUUCACCUUCCGAGCGCACGAUCAAGGUCUAUGCUUUUUCCAAAUGCUCACGUUUGCCCCUGAUAAGUUGAAGGACUGCAUCUCGCUCAUAGACAAGAUUCACACAAACAUGACUGAGCCGGCCAACGGAAGGUUCCAGCCCAUGUUCGUGAUGAUGGCACCACCUGGGAAGCCUCAUUGUCCUGGUUUCAUGGUCUUCUACGACGGACCCGAGGAAGAAGCUCGCAAGAUUGCAGAGCCAAUGUACUCUCUAGGUCCUGUGAAUACGAUGGGUGGGGUUUGGCCUUAUACUCAAGUGACUGGAAUAUACGGCAUGAUGAAAAUGCAGGGCUUUGAUCGAUGGGGCAGUAGUUCCGUGCACCUAGAUUAUCCAGUCAAUCAAGCAAUCGUGCUUGGCUGCGUCGCAAGGUUUCAGGAGGCCGUUCAAAGACAAGGAGCCGACUUUGCACAUUCGACCUUCAUACUGGAUCUCCGAGAUUACAGGAAAGUGGCAUCGGUAUCAUCGUCUGCCACGGCUUAUGCUGGCCGAUAUACUGCCGCCAUUCUCAUCGCCGACUUCAGGUGGGAUAAGCCAGAGCUUGAUAAGACAGCCAGAGAAGAAGCCAAGAGUAUCACCAACUACGCAAAGGAGCAGGUGAAGGAGCAGCGUAUCUUUGCAAAGACUCAAGAGGAUGGGCAAAGAGACUUGUCCAGCUUCUAUCCUAAUGUGUCUGCUGGGACUGAGAAAAUCGAGAGCGUUUUUGGUUCGAAUCUUCCGAGGUUGAAAGAGCUAAAGCAGAAGUACGAUCGGGAUUUCUUGUUCAACAAGUGGUAUCCUAUUGAUCCUAAUUGA